AUGGGUGUUCGUCUUCCCUUAGCUCCACAUGAUGGGAGGGAUUCAUUUGACUCUAAAGUUGUGGGGUCUCCCAGGCAUGACAUUACACCCCCUGACUUUCCUCAGGAUCUUCUAGAUCCACAUCUAGAGGAGCUUGCUCCAGAUAUUCCAGGUAAUCUUCAUCCUACAGCAGAUGUUGGCUAUACAGUUCCUCAAAAUCCUCCAUCCACUACUAAUGAAAAGAGAGCUUUUGAAAGCAAUGCUAAGGCUAUGAAUGCAAUACUAUGUGGAUUGUCAAAGUCUGAAUUUGUUAAAGUCAUGCAAUGUGAUACUGUUCAAGCUAUGUGGGAUAAACUCAAGAAUGCUUAUGAAGGAGAUGAAAAGGUAAAGAAAGUCAAGCUUCAAACUCAUGGGAUGCAAUUUUUUAGUCUGAAAAUGAAAGAAGAAGAAAACGUUGCAGCCUAUUUUCUAAGAGUAGAUGAAGUAGUGAAUUCUCUUAAGGGUCUUGGUGGGAAGGUUGAUGGUAGCUUGUGUAAGGUUUGUAAGAAUGGCAGGGUGGAUUUAUUAAAGAAAUAUGUUAAGAACAAUGCUAAGGAAACCAAAGUGUUGAGGAAGAAAGAGAAAGAGGUUGAAACAAAGUCUCUGAUUGUGCAAACAACUCUUCUUGCACAUAAUAAAAGAGAUAUUUGGUAUGUAGAUAGUGGUUGCUCUAAACACAUGACUGAAGAUGAGAGUAAGUUCUUGACUCUCAAGAAAUCCAAUGGUGGCAAGAAUGGAGAGGUUGAAAGUGUUGAUCAGUCAACUUCUACUAGUGUGCAAGUUGGGACAACAAAUAACAAUGCUGGAAAUACCCUUGAAAACAAUCAAGAUGAAAGAGUUGGUACACAGUUAGAGGGUGGAACAACAAACAAUCAGUUUAAUACAUCAAAUGCAUCAGUUGGUUUUACAUGUUCACGUGAUGGAAAAAGAUCUACAAUAAGAACUUCUCUUAAGACUUCAUCAAGAUUUGUUGAAAAGAACCAUCCUAUCAAUCAAAUCUUGCAAGAGGACAGACCUAGAGCAACAAGGAGAAAAGUAAACUAUUAUGAAAAUGAUGAUAUUAUUUAUCGUCCAUGA